AUGGGGAAAAUCGAAGGCGAGCUUUUCAACAUCUGGACCUAUGACAAGGCCGGACAGACAAAGAUCACGGAUCGCAUUGUUGUAGAGUCUAUCAAGAAGGAUGCGACCUUGGCGGACAUUCGGGCGUCGCUAAUUGAAAGCAAGCUCGACUUCAAAAAGGCCCGCUUUCCCUUCUGCACCAAGGAUGGCGCCCGCAUAGGAGAUGACUCCAAGUGGCAACUCUACAAGGAACUCACCCCCGCUGGGGUACCUGAAAGCAGCACAAAGCCAGACGACGACGAGGCCCCAAAAGACACUGCCGAGCAAGUCAGCACUCCUGCUCUUAGUAUCACCGCUCAUGAUGUCUAUUUUGAGCUUUCCGAGGAGGAAACCAACCGAAAAUAUGGUGAACUUGGCGCCAACGUCCAGAACUUGCUGGAUACUCCAUUGAACCUGAAGCAUGCUGAAGACAAGGUAAAUUUGCUCAAGGCGGGCAUUACUGACUUUAAAUUGGAGGGCUACGAUCAUGCACAGUGGAAGUCGACUGCCAGCACUACUGAUGCAAUGUGA